UUCAAUUUCAACGCUCUCAUCAGAAGCCGGACCGGAGUCUAAUGUUGUAAAAAGUUUCGCGUUAAAUAAACGCUUUUUGUGAUUUAAAUCUAGUUUCAGUUUUUUUUUCAUAAUUUACUAUUAAAAUAGCGUAUCGAAAUGGUCAAGUUAACUCCCGAUUUGAUAAACCAAUCGAUGCAGUACAUGAAUCCAUGUAGAGAUCGUGAAUUGGAUCUGAGAGGUUACAAAAUUCCACAAAUUGAAAACAUGGGCGCAACCUUGGACCAAUUUGAUACGUUUGAUUUCUCCGAUAAUGAUAUACGGAAACUAGAUGGCUUCCCGCAUUUACCUCGACUGAAAUGCUUGCUAAUGAAUAACAAUCGAAUAGUGAGAGUGAGUGACACUCUUCACGAAUCGCUACCUAAUCUAGAAAGUGUGAUUCUGACUGGUAAUAACGUACAAGAGUUGGGUGAUCUGGAACCACUUACAAAACUUCCAAAAUUGCAAACCCUUUCGUUAUUAACAAACCCAGUAUCAACGAAGCAACACUAUCGAGAAUACGUAGCAUUCCGAUUUCCAAAUCUGCGUCUGUUGGAUUUCAGAAAAAUCAAAGCGAAAGAUCGAGAAGCUGCCAAAGAAUUGUUUAAGAGCAAAAAAGGCAAAGAACUGCACCGAGAAAUUAUGCGUAAAGCCAAAUUGGCAAUGCCGGUUCCGGAUAAACCAAUGGUGCACAACGCUACCGCCGCGGAUAUUCAACGCAUUAGAGAAGCCAUCAAACGGGCAACCAAUCUCCAUGAGGUUGAGCGACUUACCAGAAUACUACAAUCUGGACAGAUAAGCGGCGAUUUAAUGUUCAAUGGUAAAUUCGAAAUGCAAUUGGCGCUUCAGGCGCCUAAAUGUGUAUGACAUCUUUUCAGGCAACCAGUGGGAAGACAGGUGAAAACGGUGGCGAUUCCAAAUGUUGAGUUUUGCAUGUACCUGCCAAUAACCAGUACAUAUUUAAUAUUUUCUUACAGAUGAUGAGGGAAGAUGACUAAGCAAAUCCAUAGUUCUUCAAACAUUAACUAUUUUGUAGAAGUGGUACGUGUUUACUAAAUUUCAUCUUUCGUCUGUUUGUUUCAGGUAACGGCAAUAUGGAAACCGAUUAACUUUACGAUGCUCGCCAUUUUGCAGUUGAGGCAUAUAAGGUUUCAUCAAUAAGAACAGAUACUAACAAAAAAAAACCAAAAUGCCUAUGAGCAGGUCGAGAAAGUUGAUGUGUAUUGAAAAUAAAUCAUUCGAAAGUUUA